AUGUCUUUCCGUGGUCGUGGUAAUGCAUCCGGUGCCAACCGUGGAGGUUUCGGCGGUGGCCGUGGAGGCCGCGGAGGUUUCCAGCAGUCAUUCGGCCCCCCAGCCCAGGUUUUGGAGUUGGGAUCCGUGAUGCACUCUUGCGAGGGUGAGAUGGUCUGCGAGUCGGUCAACCCCAAGAUUCCUUAUUUCAACGCCCCGAUCUACCUCGAGAACAAGACCCAAAUCGGAAAGGUCGAUGAGAUCCUCGGUCCCAUCAACCAGGUCUACUUCACCGUCAAGCCCCAGGACGGAAUUGUCGCUACCUCCUUCAAGGCCGGUGACAAGGUCUACAUUGGUGGAGAUAAGCUCCUCCCUCUUGAGAAGUUCCUUCCCAAGCCCAAGGCUCCUCCCGGUGCUCCCAAGCCCAAGCGCGCUGGUGGUGCUCGUGGCGGUGCUCGCGGUGGUGCUCCCCGCGGCCGUGGUGGAUUCGGUGCUCCUCGUGGUCGCGGUGGCUUCGGCGGCGCUCCCCGUGGCCGUGGUGGUUUCGGUGGUGCUGGUCGUGGUGCUCCCCGUGGCCGUGGUGGCUUCGGUGGUGGCCGCGGUGCUCCCCGUGGUGGUGGUGGCUUCCGUGGUCGCGGAUAUUAG